GACCACGCUGCCCUUGACCUCGGAUGAGAUCGCAGGCUCACGAAUUACGAACGAGACUACCGUCUCACGUUCCAGUCGCCGAGUACGAUUACCCAUACGCUUUCGCGACUAACCGCACAGUCAACAUUGGAUACGGUGUAGGACAAUGCCUAUACUACACGCAUGCUACACUUUUCUUUUUUUUAUUUUUUUGUAUCUCGAGCCCACGCCUCCGACCAUCGCCCGUUUGUUAACGUCGACUUCAGUCAACUUUGGGGAAAGCUGGCCUGAUCACCCACGCUCUAGUCAACGCACUCAGUCGAUUGUCUGGCCUCGAAUUCGCCUGGCAUACGCUUGGUCGUCAUGGUCGCUUCCGUUUUCUUCGCUCAACGUGGUUUCGUCCUACGUCUGCAGCGUUUUCUGUUCCGCACCCCUACGAACGCAAUCAUCAGAUCCUGGAUACAAACCACUCUGGUGUGGUACGCUAAUUCGACCAACAAAUAUAGCACACUUUUCCUGGUACCGUUCUUCGCAAAAGACUUUCGUUGACAACUCGAGGAUCAACGAUCACUUCCUGUUCCGCCAAUUCUUCAGUCCUACAAUCGCACUUCUGCCGAUCAUUUCCACGAAUCAAACCGCUAACUAUCAAAAGUGUAAACCAUUUCUAGCGGGGGGCUCCUGUAGUGACCUACUUUUGUCAACAGAACGCGAUUGAUUCAAUGAAAACAAUUAUUAUUAUAACCAAUUGUACCAGUGACUGUUUUACUGUGCUCGUUUGUUUAACUAUGCUAAUGACAGCCAUUACACUUACUCUCCCGUUGACUU